ACCGGAAGUACUGCGGCGGGGCCAAAUGGCUUAAGCGUCUUAGCUGGUUCCCAGAGAGAGCCUGCGAUGGCGAGCUCGACAGCCGCAGUCCCCUUCCUUGCUCCGCCUCUGGAGCAGCUCCGGCACUUAGCAGAGGAGCUACGGUCACUUCUGCCUCGAGUACGGGUCGGCGAAGCCCAGGAGACAGCGGAGGAAUUUAAUCGAGAAAUGUUUUGGAGAAGACUCAAUGAGGCAGCAGUGAAAGUGAACGGGGAAGCCACUGUUCUGACAACGCACUUCUCUAAACUUCCAUGGCCAUCUCCACAGGAAACCCAGAGGAUCUGUGAGCAAGUCCGUAUUGCCAUCGAGGAAAUAAUUAUAGUGUAUUAUUCACUUCCUAAGGACCAGGGAAUCACCCUGAGAAAGCUGGUACGGAAUGCUGCCCUGGACAUCGUGGACGGCAUGGCUCAGCUCCUGGAAGUGCUUCUUACUGCUCCAUCUCAGAGCACUGAGAAUGGUGACCUGAUUUCCUGCAAUAGUGUCUCAGUCGCAUGUCAACAGGUGCCUGAGAUCCCAAAAGAUAACAAAGCCGCAGCCCUUUUGAUGCUGACCAAGAGUGUGGAUUUUGUGAAAGAUGCACAUGAAGAAAUGGAGCAGGCUGUAGAAGAAUGUGACCCGUACAGCGGCCUCUUGAAUGAUUCUGAAGACAACUCCGACAGCCACAGUGAUGAGGAUGGUGUGUUAGGGCUUCCCAGCAAUCGGGACUCAUACUGGUCAGAGGAAGAUCAAGAACUCAUAAUCCCGUGCCUGGCGCUGGUGAGAGCAUCCCGAGCUUCACUCAAGAAAAUCCGGAUCUUGGUGGCUGAGAAUGGAAAGAAGGAUGAGGUGGCCCAGCUGGAUGACAUUGUGGACAUUUCUGAUGAGAUCAGCCCCAGUGUGGAUGACUUGGUUCUGAGCAUAUACCCACCUGUGUGCCACCUCACUGUGCGGAUCAGUGUGAAUGUGUGGACACUCAGAGGCUCUGUCACUCUUCCUGAUUACCCUGAGACAGUUCACUCACUGAACCUGGAGCUGGUCUGGCAGCAAGCAAGCCCAGCGAUCGCCUUGCCUCUGUGCCCACAGCGCUGGAGUAACAGAUACACGCAUGUCUGCGAAAUUGGUGUCUGUUUUAAUAAAGGCUCUUGAAAUUACAAAAGCAAGUCACGUGAGCCCCCACCCAGGAGAUAGCUGGAUUCCUUUACUCAUUAAUGCCGUUGACCAUUGCAUGAACAGAAUUAAGGCGCUCACUCAGCGUGCAGCUGAACUGUGAGCCUCCAAUCCCUACUCUUCUUUCUCCCCUCUCUCUCACACCCACGAUCCAGUGUCUGCUUUACCUAUUUAUUUUUUAAGUUUUUUUAACGUCUGCUUUUAGAAGUGGAGCUUUGACAGGGUGUUUGCUCGAUAGAAAGGCAGCCUCUGUCCUUAAGAAGAGAUUGUUACCAAGACUCCAGGCUAGGAGAGAUUGCAGUUAUCCACCAAUCAUACAGUGUGCUAUGCUUCUGUGCUGGACACAAAUUUCUAUAAACUUGUGCUCUGAGCUGUUUUUUGGAAAUCUUUAAGGAAGUUGACUUGUUCUCUAGUUUACUACAGUAAAGCAUAUUGUUUUAUUAAGAUUUUAAUGAUCUCAAUAAAUUGCUAACCUGCUGUGA